AGCAGGUACAACCAAAACUUUGUCUGAAACAAUAAAAAAACGCGGAGUUAUGGGAAUCAUCGACGGUUCUUUGCUUCGGCGGCUGAUUUGUCUCAGUCUUUUGUCUCCGGUGGUGGUUGUUAUGGCGGAGGAUGAGAAGAAAGUGAUACAUAAAAUGCUUAAUCAGACUCCGACUUGGGCUGUUGCUGCUGUUUGUACUUUCUUCAUCGUUGUUUCUGUUCUUCUUGAAAAACUUCUUCACAAAGUUGGAAAGGUUCUAUGGGAUCGGCACAAGACAGCUCUUCUUGAUGCUUUGGAGAAGAUCAAAGCAGAGCUGAUGGUUCUUGGAUUCAUCUCUUUGCUUCUGACAUUUGGACAAACCUACAUUUUGGAUAUUUGUAUUCCUUCACAUGUUGCUCGUACGAUGCUCCCGUGUCCUCCUCCUGAUCACUUGAAAAAGGAGGAAGAUGACAAUGGGGAAAGUCACAGGAGACUUUUGUCGUUUGAGCACAGAUUCCUAUCAGGAGGUGAAGCAUCUCCCACUAAAUGCAAGAAGGAGGGUUAUGAAGAGCUUAUCUCUGCCGAGGCACUUCAUCAGUUGCAUAUUCUUAUAUUCUUCUUAGCCGUAUUCCACGUUCUUUACAGCUUCUUAACUAUGAUGCUUGGGAGGUUGAAGAUUCGCGGAUGGAAGCAUUGGGAAAAUGAGACAUCAUCCCACAACUACGAGUUUUCAACAGAUACUUCCAGAUUCAGGCUAACUCAUGAAACGUCUUUUGUAAGAGCACACACCAGUUUCUGGACUCGGAUUCCAUUCUUUUUCUAUAUUGGAUGUUUUUUCAGACAGUUUUUCAGAUCUGUUGGGAGAACUGACUAUUUAACAUUGAGAAAUGGAUUCAUCGCUGUUCAUCUAGCUCCAGGAAGUCAAUUUAACUUUCAAAAAUACAUAAAAAGAUCGUUGGAGGAUGAUUUCAAGGUGGUCGUUGGAGUCAGCCCUGUCUUGUGGGGAUCGUUUGUUCUAUUCCUCCUCCUAAAUAUUGAAGGCUUUAAGAUGUUGUACGUCGGCACUGCAAUACCGGUUAUCAUAAUUUUGGCUGUAGGGACAAAGCUUCAAGCGAUUAUGACAAGGAUGGCUCUCGGAAUCACCGAUAGACACGCGGUAGUUCAAGGAAUGCCGCUUGUACAAGGCAACGAUGAGUAUUUCUGGUUCGGUCGUCCCCAUCUGAUUCUCCAUCUCAUGCAUUUCGCCUUGUUUCAGAACGCAUUUCAGAUCACGUAUUUCUUUUGGAUAUGGUAUUCCUUUGGAAAAGAUUCUUGCUACCAUCCUAAUUUCAAGAUUGCAAUUGUAAAAGUAGCGAUUGCUUUAGGAGUAUUGUGUCUUUGCAGCUACAUAACACUUCCUCUUUACGCACUCGUAACUCAGAUGGGUUCGCGGAUGAAAAAAUCGGUAUUCGAUGAACAAACAUCAAAGGCACUCAAGAAAUGGAGAAUGGCGGUGAAGAAGAAGAAAGGUGUGAAAGCCACUACUAAGAGACUAGGUGGAGAUGGCAGUGCGAGCCCUACGGCAUCAACAGUUAGGUCUACUUCGUCUGUAAGAUCAUUGCAGCGUUACAAAACCACACCACAUUCGAUGAGAUAUGAAGGACUUGACCCUGAAACAUCGGAUCUUGACACAGACAACGAAGCUUUGACUCCUCCCAAAUCUCCUCCAAGCUUCGAGCUAGUUGUGAAGGUUGAACCAAAUAAGCUAGAGACCAAGACCGGUGAGACUAGCCGUGACACUGAAACUGAUUCUAAAGAGUUCUCUUUUGUCAAGCCUGCGCCGAGUAAAGAACCAUCGCAAGACCGGUGAGACUAGCUGUGAUGGUGAAGAGUUCUUUUCAAGUUAAGCCUGCGCCAAGUAAAGAACCAUCGUAGUAAAGAAUCUGUCACUACAGAGAAUGUUUUUUGGUUUAAUUAUCUUAUGCUUUUGUAAAUCAUUGCCGUGGUGAUAAAGUAAUGUAUUGAUG